AUGACUACGUUAAUGUCCACAACGCUCGAAGAGCUGAAGUUUCACGACAAGGUCGACCAAGAAGGCCUUCACCUCGUAUCGAUUCCUGAAAUCGUGAAGGACGACAGAAAAUUGAACGUGACUGCUGCUGACCUGACCGUUUCUGAGCCGAUUACUAUUGAGAAGAUCAAGGAAAAGGUUGCCAUUUACGGUGGUGCAAUUGUCAGAAACUUUAUUGCCGAAGAGGAUUGUGAUCAGAUGCUUGCCGACCUCAGACCCUACAUUGACGCACAAGGUGUUACGGAUGAUCUUCAGAACUUCCUACCACCAACCACUGCCCGUGUUGGUCGUACUGUCCUGAAAUCCAAGACCAUCGCUGAAAAAUUCCUUGCUCACCCUACCAACCUCGCUGUUGCCAACGAAUUUCUCGGGCGUGAGAACGCUUUCAGAAUUGGACCAGACCAAAUCGUUACUGGUACUUCUGAGGCUCAGCUCAACUCAUGUAUGGCUUUUGCUGUUCGUCCUGGUGCAGAGGACCAGCCGCUUCACAGAGACGAUGUUAUUCAUCACAACAUUCGCAGAAAGAUGGAGACUUAUGAGUUCGGUACCGAGACUGCCAUUGGAACUGUUUUGGCUUUGAAGAGGACGACCAAGGAGAACGGUGCCACCAGAUUUAUUCCUGGCUCGCACUUGUGGGACCAUUACCGUGAGCCAUCCGACGAGAAUGCUUUCUACGCUGAAUUAGAGAAGGGAGAUGCGUUCUUCAUGUUGGCUUCCUGUUACCACGGUGGUAGCGCUAACAUCACUAAGGAUGAAGAGAGAGUAAUCAUCAUUCUGUUUAUGACUCAGGGUACUCUGAGACAGGAGGAGAUGGUUUUGUUGGGAGCUGAUCUCGACUACUUGAGAUCUCUCUCCGUAGAAGCCUUGAAGGCAAUGGGACUGCAACUCAGUCAGCCAUUCUGUGGCCAUGUCGAUAACAUUGAUGCCAUCGAGUACUUGCUUCCGGAGUCGGAUUACAGAAGACCUCAUUUCAAGGAGUCCUACAAGGUAACCGCUUGA